AUGGCGUACGACCCACAUUGCCUUGAUGCCGUAGGCUUGCCAAAGCAUGCUCGAUGUCUGCAGAGCAGGCUUCCCAAUUAUGGAGACAGGCCGUACUGCUGUGAUGUCUGUGGUAAAUCGUUCUAUGAAUCUGUUGAUUUAACUAAACACAGACGUAUGCAUACAGGAGAGAAACCAUAUCACUGUGACAUCUGUGGUACAUCAUUCUCUAUAAGCUCUAACUUGACGAAACACAAACGUACACAUACAGGAGAGAAGCCAUAUCGUUGUGAUGUCUGUGAUAAAUCGUUUUCUGCAGCCGAUAACUUGAAAACGCACAAACGUAUUCAUACAGAAUAUCAAAUGACAUUGGCAUCAAAGAAUUGGUUGCAUCGAUGUACAUCAUCUUUUAAAGACUAA